AUGACUUCCGAUAAAGUCAAAGUAUUCACCAAAGCAUUUGGUUUCUUUAUUCCCUAUCUCGGUCGCACAGCUAUCCAACGUGUCGCGGCAUAUGGCCACAAGUGGACCUACGAAAACACCCCCGGUGCAAAGAACGUUGUUGUCCUGGGUGGCUCAUUCGCGGGAAUUGAGCUCGUAAAGCGACUAUCCGAGACGCUACCAACUGGAUAUAAGGCUGUAUGGAUCGAAAAGAACUCCCACCUCAACUUUUCGUUCAAUUUCCCCAGGUACUCCGUUUUGGAAGGACAUGAGCGUGCAGCCUUCAUUCCAUAUGACGGAAUUGCAAAGGACGCACCGCAAGGAAUUGUCACUCGCAUACAAGACAAGGCAAUCGGUAUAACAGAGAAUAAUCAAAUACAACUCGCCUCCGGAGAUAAUAUUGAUUUCGAAUAUCUCGCUAUCGCGACAGGCUCGUCUCAGCCAUUACCCGUCCAGGUGACCUCAACUGAGCGAAAUGAGGGUUGUCAUGAGCUCCAAGGUGUGCAAAAGACCAUCAAAGCGAGUCAAAAAAUUGCCAUUAUCGGCGGUGGGGCUGUGGGUGUCGAAAUCGCUAGCGAUAUUAAGGAUUUCUAUCCAGACAAGGAGGUCACCUUGGUUCAUUCUCGAGACCAGCUACUAAACAAUUUUGGCAAACGAUUUGGGGACUACACUUUAAAUGCUCUACAGGAUGAGCUUAAAAUCAGAGUGCUGUUGAAUGAGCGGCCUGUUAUACCCGGAAAUUUUGCGCGAGCAGCUUCGCUGAAGUUUUCCGACGGGCGGGAGGAGCAGUUUGACUUGGUUAUUGGCUGCACCGGCCAACGACCUAAUUCAUCCAUCCUUGCGAGCACUUAUCCCAACACCCUCUCCAAGAAUUCUCGCAUUCUCGUCCGAUCGACACUUCAGGUCUUCGACUCCACAAACGUCGAAAAGGAUCUUCCUAUCUUCGCCUUUGGAGAUGUCGCAGAUCAUCCCGGCCCGCGAAUGGCCCGCGCAGGCUUGAUGCAAUCGGGGGUGGUUCUGGAUAACAUCCUGGCCAAGAUCAACGGCCAAGCGCCCAGCCACACAUAUACACCCAAUUGGUUUGUCGAGGGCGCCAUAAAAUUGACCUUGGGCAAGAACCACGAAGUGACUUACACGAUGGAUAACGAUGGAUCGGACAUCAUGAUUCCCGAUCGGAAUGGGAAGCUGGAUCUUGAAAUUGAGGCUGCGUGGAAACGGUAUGGGGUUGAUUUCAAGCAAGCCAACAAAGGCAAGGCAGAAUGCGAAGUUCAAACUCCUGCCGCUGUUCAGCUUUGA